UAUCAGAUGAGACUCACCUAAGGACUCUUACAGGUUGUAAUUGGCCUUUUGAGUCCAACGGUCCAAUAGCUGGGUUAGUUCUGUAAAAAGAAACCACAAUACAUACACAUUAAUCGUUCUGUCAUAUUAAUAGCUCUGAAUGCACUUCCCUGAAUAGCUACGGUUGUCUAAUUAUCUGCAUUGCUACAAAACUGAUUCAUAUUUUUUGCGAAAUAUUUCUGAUGUUGAUUUUGGCUGGCGUAUCUGUAGAACUGCGAACAAGGAAAUGAAACUGUUUUACAGUUACUUCUGCAAUUGACAGGCUACUCUUCUCCUACAUCCUGUGAAACAGUUUGUCGCUUUUAUAUCUGACUUCAGUAGGCAGGAUUAUUUUUUUCAUAACAUGCGGAUUUAAAAAAUCAUCAGGAGUAUGAAAAUAUGUCUUAUUCGCACAUUUUAUAUCCCAUUUAAACUUUUUCUUGGACAAAUGCAGGAAGCAGUUUAGAGGUCUUAAAGGAUCAUGCAAAAUGACUGCAAAGUGUUGGAUUUAUCUGCUUCUCCUUGGUCUGUGCUGCCAUCUGGAGAUCCAGCCUGCUGCCUGUAAACUUCAUUGGACAGCGCAGUUUCUCUGUGAUGUGACAACCUCCAAUUCCUCUGAGGUCCAAUUUGACUGCAGUGGCCGCGCCCUAGAAUGGGUACCUAGUGGGAUAACCACUAAUGUUACUGCUCUUGAUUUAUCAAAAAAUUACCUGAAGACCAUUAAGGCUGAUGCAUUUUCCAAACUGCUGAAUCUGACUUCUCUCAAUCUCAACUUGGCAAACAUGUACAAGAAAGUGGUCUUCAAGGGAAGCCUUAGAAACCUAACAAAACUGCAGGAUUUGAAAAUGAGUGCCAAUGGCCUCGAAGAAAUUCCAAGCUACCUACCUGCCAGUGUGGAAAUCCUUGAGCUGAGCAGCAACAACAUUACAAAUGUGAAUCAAACGAACUUUGCCAACUUACGAAACCUGACACAACUGUGGUUAUCCAAGAACUGUUACUACUGGAAUCCGUGUGGCAAACCAGUGAAAAUCCAAAAUAACAGUUUUACCCACAUGACCAAAUUGAAAAAUCUGGAUUUGUCUUACAACAACUUAAGUAAUGUUCCCAAAGGACUACCCCAGUCUUUAGAAGUGCUUAAUGUGAGUUGCAACAAAAUACAGUACAUAUUUAGGGAGGAUUUAUCUGGCUUGAAUAAUUUAAAACUUCUUAAGAUACAAGGGAACUGCCCCAGAUGUGAAAAUGCACCAUUUCCCUGUGUGCCUUGCCCUAAUGGUUCCCUUGGAAUUGACCCUGAUGCAUUUGAAAAUCUGUCUGAACUUGAGGAAAUCAAUAUGGGGGGAAACUCCUUAGAGUAUCUGAAUCCAUCGUGGUUUAAGAACCUGAGGAAGCUUAAACAUCUUCUCCUUUCAUUUAACUUUUUGCUCAGAGAAGUUACUGGAAGGGCUGAAUUUCUGCGAUACCUCCCAAGGCUUGAAGUGCUUGAAUUUUCUUUCAACUAUGCUUUAAAAAGUUAUCCUAACACAAUUAAUCUUUCAACUGAGUUUUCAAAUCUUAAGUCAUUAAGGACUUUGCAUAUGGAGGGUUUGGUCUUCCAGAAUAUUCAACCAGAUACGCUCAAGCCUCUCUAUGAAAUUCGAAAUCUAUCUGCUUUGAAUUUGGGGACUAACUUUAUUAUUCAGGCUGAUUCCACCGUUUUCAACAAAUUUCAUCCAUUGAAAAUGAUUUAUUUGGCAGAAAACAGGCUGUAUCCCACUCCACAGAGACAGCUUUCAAAUUCAGUAGGGAGAUAUGUUCAAAGGUCAGACAUCACUGUUUCUUCCUAUUUUAAACUUCCUCCAAAAGACUUCACCUUUGAAUUAUCCCAUGGCCUUAUAAAGCAACAGUGCUUUAACUCUGGACGGGUUCUUGUCCUCAGUUCAAAUAACUUGUUCUUCAUCUCACAAAAGCAAUUUGAAGGUUAUGGAGAUAUUGCGUGUCUGAAUCUAUCCAGCAAUGGAUUCUCUGCUGCACCAAAUGGCACAGAGUUCUCAUUACUGCCUAAUUUGACCUACUUGGACCUGUCCUUCAAUAAGAUUGAUCUGGCUUAUGACAAUGCCUUCCAGGAACUGAAGAAACUCGAAGUGCUAGAUCUCAGUUGGAAUGCCCACUACUUUAAAUCUUUUGGAGUAACACAUAAUUUAAACUUCCUAAAAAAUUUGCCUAUCCUGAGAGUGCUGAAUAUGAGUCAUAACUCAAUUUCCACUUUAACAACAAAGCAGAUGCACAGCAGAUCUUUAGCAGAACUACAAUUUACACAUAACAAGCUUGGAACUCUUUGGAAAGUAGGUGAUGACUCAUAUAAGACUCUUUUUACCAACCUGAUUAAUUUGACAGUUUUGGAUAUUUCGUGGAACGACCUUGAAAAAAUUCCUGAUGAUGUUUAUGAAAAGCUCCCUCGCAACCUAACUGAACUACGAAUAAAUAAUAACAAAAUGACAGAUUUUUCAUGGGACAGUCUGUCUUAUUUCCAUCGGCUUAACAUUUUAGACUUAAGUUACAAUUCGUUGUCCAACAUAGCAGGUAUUGAAACAGUUACUAGUUUCUCUUUGACUUUUCUUUAUCUGACUCACAAUCAGAUAUGUCACCUGGAAAGUUUCUAUUUCAAAGGCAUGAAAAGCCUUGAGACUCUCAGCCUCGGCUCCAACAAGCUGGCUAUCAUCAAUCAAACCACCUUCGAGCCCAGACCGGAGAAUCUUAAGACUUUAUUUUUACAGAAAAAUCCAUUUCAAUGUACAUGUGAUUCUUUGGAUUUCCUUGUAUGGAUUGGAAAACGAGAAAUAAGGAUUCCUAGAUUGACAACUGAGGUGAGAUGUAAAAUGCCAUUAAAGGACAAGAACAAGCCACUUAUAUACUUUGACAUUGAUCAAUGUGUAAAUGACGAUAUGGCGUUCAAGAUGUACGUUCUCACAACAUUCUUCCUUAUUUCCUUUAUGUUUGUGGCAACAGUUGCUCACUUAUUUUACUGGGAUGCUUCUUAUGUCUUGCACUACGUCAAGGCUAGACUGAAGGGAUACAGAGCCUUGUCCUCACAGGAAAAUAUUUACGACAUCUUUGUGACUUAUGACACCAAGGAUCCACGUGUCACUGAGUGGGUAAUGAUGAAUCUGCGGGUGAAAUUGGAAGAAGAGGGCGAUAAGCUUCUUCCUUUGUGCUUGGAGGAGAGAGACUGGCCUCUAGGAGUCCCUCUAGUGGAUAACCUUACACAGAGCAUCCAAAACAGUCGCAAAACCCUGUUUGUCUUGACAGAGGGCUACGUUAAGACUGGGGUGUUCAGACUGGCAAUGUAUCUGGCCCACCAAAGACUGCUGGAUGAAAAUGUGGAUGUGAUUGUUCUGCUGAUGCUCGAACCUGUCCUGCAACAUUCUCACUUCCUGCGCCUCAGGAGGAGGCUUUGUGAGAAAAGUGUUGUGGAGUGGCCCAGAACUGCAGCUGCUGAGCCCUGGUUCUGGCAGAACUUGAGAAGUGUUGUAAAAGUGGAUAAUCAAAUUAUGUACAGCAAAACUUAUAAAAAGUUUUUCAGCAGCAAGUAGGGAUAAAGAUAAUAAUUCUUGAGAAUAACCUAGUAAUUGUUUAAGCAUUUAAACAUGUCAUUAUUUGGUAUGUAUAUAUGUCCUUGCGACUGUGAUACUUAGCAACUUUGAUCCUGCCCUUUUGAAGUAAUAAAGUGGAGAUAGUACUGUACAUGACCAUGUUUUCACAUGUAAGUUAAAGAGGGUGGCUGUCAAAGGCAAUAAGUAUUUCAUAUCAAGAAAUAAACAAACACGUAAUCACUGACUAAGUUUACUUCACAUUAAAAGUGACCUAAAAUUGUUUCUGUAUAUUUUGUUUUUCCAUUGUUCAUGUUCUGCAGGCUGUCAUGACAUGAAAACAAUUUAAGAUGUUAUACUUUGGCUCAUCCUAGUUAUCAAACCACGCAGUCAAAUUCUUUUCAUUUUUGAAAUUGGAUGUUUUCUGUUCUAGGAAAGCAAGAAUUGUAUUAAGUCAUUGACAUGUGAAAUAUCAGACUGGGGUUAAUAGGUUUGUCAGGGUUGAGUUGUACUUUAGGUCUGCAUUGUAUAAGUUUUGCUCAUGGUCUUUGGUCUGCAAUAUAAAAAAGCUGAAAGAAUAAAUUUGAACUUAAUUUUAUGUUUUUCUGAUAUCUAAUCAAUAUGCUAAAAAGACUGAUCUUUGUCUAUUGAACAUGUCUAUUUCAAGUUAUGUUUGACACAUAAAAAUACAAAUGUUUAUUUAAUUGCUUUUAUAUUUUUGGGACUAUGAAACUGUGGGUCUACAGUAGGUUGAUAAUAAUCUCUAAAUUGUAAGCAGCGUUUAAAUCUUAUGAGUAAACAAAAAAAAAAAAAAAACAUGAAACGAUGGGAGACUUAUAAGUUUGUGUUGAUUUAAAUGU